AUGCUUUUUCCAGGGACACAUGGCGCUGUACAUUCAACAGAAAUAUUAAAUCCUAAACCAUGCAUUUCACAAAGGGAGGGGUUUGGAUUAAAGGUUUAUCUCAACUAUAAAUGCACUGAAACGCUCACAAAACCUAAUCUUUACAGGAUUUAGUUUGAACGGACAGGCUCGAUUUAUUCAUUCUCUCAACUACACCAGACACCUGCGAUGAGUGUCUUUACAAGCGCCGCAUCGAGGAGAGAUCAAGACUCAACAGGAAUGAUUGCUUUCUUUUCAUGUUUUACCUCUGCCCGACGAGGUCAGAGGUCAUUCAAAGGGAUCAUCUGACCCCAGUGUGAGUGAAAAGCAAGAAAUCUUCAUGGUGGCGCUGAAAUGCCACCCAUCAUGCGCAAGCGGCAGAACUGUGCGAUGCAUGCUGCCUUCCUGACCAGACACGGGUCGAGGGAGACGGACGCCUGUCUGAGGAAAGCUCAGUUUCACAUGGACCUCUGGUGCUGCUUCACCAUCCAGAACUGGCUGCUGGACUUUGGGAGACACUUAGUCAUGAUCUUCUGUCCUUUGGAGUGGUUCCCUUUGAACAGACCCAGCGCCGGCGACUACUUCCACAUGCUGUACAACAUCACUACACCCUUCCUGCUGCUCAAGCUCAUAGAGCGAAGCCCGAAGACGUUGCCUCGCUCCGCCGUCUACCUGUGCAUCAUCACGUUUGUGAUGGGCGCGAGCGCACACCUGGUGGGAGACUCCAUCAACCAUCGGCUUCUGCUCAGCGGAUACCAGCUGCACCUGAGCGUCAGAGAAAACCCCAUCAUGAAGAACAUCAGACCACAAACUCUGAUUGACUCGUUUGAGUUGCUACAGUAUUAUGAUGAAAGUCUGGGUCAUUGCAUGUGGUAUGUUCCUCUAUUUCUCAUCCUGUUCCUGUAUUUCACUGGCUGUUUCACUAUUGUCAAAGCAGAGAAGAAGAUGCCCAUCUCCGCUUGGCUUCUACUGGGUCCCAGUGGCCUUUACUUCUGGUAUCUUGUGACGGAAGGACAGAUUUUCAUCCCCUUCAUUUUCACGUUUUUUGCCAUGAUGGCUACAGUCGUGCACCAGAAGCGUAAAGGUUUUCUGCCUGACAGUAACGGACUCUUCCUGCUCUACAGUUUUUCCAUAUCGCUCGUGUUGGUGACCGUCUGGGUCGCCUGUCUGUGGAAGGACGCGGUGUUACGGAAGAAAUAUCCAGGAGUGAUGUAUAUACCGGAGCCGUGGGCCCUUUACACGCUGCACCUGAGAGACAAACACGUGACGCUCACAGACUGAACCCGUCAGUGCAGAUCAACAAAUCUGACCGUCAUUCUCUUUAUUAAUGUGUUUAUAUGCAAGCAACGUCAUGUUGCACCUUCAAAAAUGGACUUUAUGCAUUGUAUGAAUUUAUGCAAAACGUUUUUUUUCUUGUGCACAGAGUGCAUUGCACCAGUCAAAAUUGUGCAAUAUUCUAUUCUAUUCUAUUCUAUUCUAUUCUAUUCUAUUCUAUUCUAUUCUAUUCUAAAUUGUUAAGAUACACUGGCGUUCAAAAGUUUGGGGUUCAUAUGUUUUUGUUUUUUAAGAAAUUAAUACGUAAACUGUCAAAAGUGACAGUAAAGAUGUUUGUAAUGUUACAAAAGAUUCUAUUUCAGAUAAAUACUGUUCUUUAGAACUUUCUAUUCAUCAAAUGGGGGAAAAAUCAGACCAGCAGUUUUUCCAGAGGAGUUUGUUCAUCUGAUAUACAGUACAGUCCAAAAGUUUGGAACCACUAAGAUUUUUAACGUUUUUAAAAGAAGUUUCGUCUGCUCACCAAGGCUACAUUUAU